GCUCGGUCCUGUUCAUUUUCCGACUCGCGCACGGUUCUGAAAAGCCCCCAUUUUUGCGGUGGUUCAUGUGGAGUGCGUGCGAGGAGUGUCGGUGUCGUUUUUUUCGUGUUUCCGAGUUGUUGUUGUUGUUGUUGUUCGGGAAGGUUUUCCACGGAAGCGAACGCGGGAAUCCUCACGCAUCCAGGCACUCCAGGCCGUAAGUGUGAGUGCGUGUUUGUGUGUGUGUGCGCCGUGUGUUGCCAUCGACGUAAAAGGUGCGUGUGCCCCCCCCGGUUAGGAGCGGAAACGAGCGGUGUGUCCCCCUGUUUCCGUGUGCGCGCGUGUGUCUGUGUGUGCGUGGGAAAAUAAUUUCCGGUGCGCGUUUGUAGUGCAUCGGCGGAAGCAGCGGCAGGAGCAGGAUCAACCCCACACCCCGACACGAUCACCGUGGUGUAUUGUGCGGCGAUCGAGUGUGUGUGUGUGUUCGGGUUGGGAAAAGUGUGCGAGUGUGCGAUUUUUGUUGUUGUUUUUGUUGUUCGUUAACGCAGAAAAAGGGCAGUGAAGGCGAGGAGAAAGUAGAAGAAAAGGGGAAGCGCAACAGAUCGCCACCACCAACCAUCGCCAGUGUUUCGGUUUCCGUUUCCGAUUGUAAAGCUGACCGACCACAGCCUGCCUACUCGUGAGGCAAGUGGGAAGAAGAUCACCGAAGGCGGCACCGAUCAAGGUGCGGUAACGUCUUGCUAAUCGAGAAAACAACCGACGAAGACGGAGGAGUUCUUUUUCGCGGCCGACAAGCGCGUGCCACAAUCGCUUUCUUCCAAAAGCCCACAAAGGAUCCAAGGCAUAACCCUUGUUGUAGGGCCCCCCCACCGCAAAACAAGCAGCAUCGCGCACCCCAAACCCCGGUCGCCGCCUGUAUGAGCAACGUGUGCCGCCGAUAGGAGCUCCGGACGCAGCAAGCAGCAGCAGCAGCAAGGAACGAGGAAGAACCACGGACCCGACGAUGGAUUGCAAACGGAUUUUGCGCUACUCGCCACUAGCAGUGCUGCUCCUAGUCACCCUAGUCUUUGCACAAAACUCAGAAGGUGCCCGCAAACGUGAUCUGAACAAUCUGUACCAAGUGAUCUAUUACGGUGACUCGCAGGUCGAGGUCGGCAAGCCGUUCUCGAUCUCGUGCAUCAUCAGCAUCGGCGACAAGAUCGAGUGGCACAAGGACGGCGAGCCGAUCCGGAAGCACACCAACAUCCGCCACGGCAAGGACGAUCAUCUGUACAACGUGAACGAGAUGUCCAUCGCAGGGAAUAACGACAAGAUCGAAGCGUCGCUCAGCGUCAACCGUGCGCUGCCGAAGCACCAGGGCAAGUAUCAGUGCAACCCGCUGUACCGGAACUACCACCAGCUGUACGUGUUCCGCAACGGGACGCUGCUGGGCCACGCGAGCCAACCGGGCGCGGGUCGACGCCACGAGACCGACGAAGGGUCGGUCCGUCCGGUGGUGCUCGGUACGACCAAGUCCACCCUGCUCGCACCGGUCGCGAUCGACCAUCAUCAUUUCACCACCGCCGUCGCACUAGCACCCGCUCCGGGGGCGACGCUCGAUCGUGAGGUCGGACACGGUUCGCACCAUCACCGACCUGCCACUGCCGGGGGCGGUCAUCGACAUCACGAAACGUCGGCUGAUGAGAAGCCGCUGCAACAACGAUCAAACGACGUCGGUCAAAAGAGUCCUAUGGAAGUAGGUGAUGUUGAGGAGCAGGAAGAGGGGAUGGAUGACAUGGAAAGCAUACUCGCGUUGACACACGGGGCCGAUAAGAGCUCGCCUUCGUCGGCGGGUGGCACUCGAGGCACGAAACAUACGCCGACCGCGAGACUGCAACCUCCUCCUCCACUGCUCGAAGAGGACGAGGAUGACGACGACGACGACGGCGACGGCAACGAGGAGGAUGGUGGUGGGGACACCGUCGAGGACCUCGCCGAGCCGGACACGGAGAUCAUUAUCGACAGCAAGGCCGUCUCACUCGACGACGAUAACAUCGAGCGGUUGAUCCAGAACAAGACCGACAUCGAUGGCAUCAUUCUGGUGGACAGCCGGGAGGAGUUGCCACCGGGUGGUGGGCCGAGGAUGCACCCCAAGCCGCACCAUCACACACCGCCGGGUGAAGACGGAGCCACCGCACCCAACACAGCCUCCUCCGUCGCCUUGGGGCCCACGAUAAUCGUGCCGAUUAAAAUCACCAGCUUCUCCGAAGAAGAGAUUCCACCAGCUCCAACCAUCAUUACUACCACCACAACCACCACCACCACGACUACCACAACCCCAGCGCCAACAACGGUGGUGCUGAUUACAACGAAAAUUGUCCCCUCCACCACAACCACCACCCCCGCACCGACCUUCUACCCCGCCGUCGUCCUGGGGGGUGGUGGUGAGGGGCAGAACAAUAGCGAAAACACUGCCCACCACCACCAUCAUCACCAUCGCGAGCAUCAUACAACGGCAACCGUUACCACCACCACCACCACCACCACAAUCGCCCCCGCUGCCGAUGUUCUGCAGCCUAACUACGACAUACCCGCCACUCGUCUAAAAGUAUUCGAUUUAGGAAAACCGUUGACGCUCGGCUGCAAUGUAACAAAGGAGGGAACGCACGAGUUAAGUUGGCUUAAAAACGGUACAAAUGUAAACGAAAUCGGCGAGCUGAAAGGUCGCUUCAAGCUCUUGGAGGCCGAGCGAAAGUUCAUCAUCACCCGGACGCUGGAAUCCGACGUCGGCCAGUACACGUGUAGCGUAGCUGCCUUGAAGCAAUCGAAAACUUUUAACGUAAUUGCUAAUGUUUUCGUUAAAUUUGAAAGCUCAGAAGUAAGCAAAACUAACAUCGUGGAAGGCGAGAAGCUGUCGCUCCACUGUAUAGCUCUCGGAACGGAGCCCACGAUUCAUUGGAUAAUUGGCAACACUACUUAUAACGAGUCGAAAAAUAACGUCGUACUGGGGCCGGACGAGACGGGCAUGCAAAACGCGAUGCUUACCAUCGAAAGCAUAACGCUGGACGACUACGUCGACUUCACCUGUGAGGCUCGAAAUAAUGCCACCGACUACACGAACAAGCCGGCACAGGUCACGAUGACCGUUAGAGUUAGAGGAAAAUACGCCGCACUUUACGUUUUCGUGGGUAUUAUUGCGGAAGUUGUUGUAUUAUGUGCGAUUAUUUUAAUAUGCGAAAAAAGACGUAACAAGACAGAGAUUGAGGAGAGUGAUACCGACCAGAGUCCCGACCAAAACAAGAACGGCUACCACGGUAAUGAUUCCGAACUACGCCAAAGAAAGUAGAGACACAGAGCCUCCCGUUCCCCUUCACAAAAGUAAACUAAAAAAAAAGAAACCUCCCCGGCGCCCAAAAAUCGCGUUCGUUGUGCUCACGAAUCGCGUGCGAGAUGUCGUGCUUUUUCAGUGCUGCGUGUUGCUCUCGUCUGCACAUGCACCUUUUUGACGAGUGCCGGGACGAACGACUGCGCCUACAGCUUCUCGCAUGUUCUCUUGCAGUCGUUUGUUGAGCAUUGUUACGUUUCGGUCGAAUGAAAGAAUGAAACCCCUCAUUUUGUUUUCUUUUUGGAGGAGCCGGACGCGCGCGGCGACUUGCGGCAAUCGCCUCCUGAUUUUUCAUUGCCAUUUUGUUCCGUUAAGCCUUUUUAAUUCUUUGUGUCUCUCCUCCGGGGGGUUAUCAAAUGCAGUAACAACCACUUACAACCGCAGCUGCCCAGCAAGAAAUAGAUAGAGAGAGAGAGUGACAGAAUAUAGCAGCCACAUAUAGUAGCAGCAGCACAACCACCACCACCCGCCAACACCCCAGCCCCCGUGUCUGGCGUUGUUGUUAACCAUAGGCUUCGGAUUCUAAUUCUUAUCCUCAAACUUACGUUAAUCGCUCCCCUUCCAGCAUGCACGAGUUUCUUGUUUCCAUCACCCCCAUCGUACUUUGAAGUAUGCGAAUUAAAAUGAAUACCUUUUUCCAAAUCUUAUAUGAUUUUUGAGGUUUGUUAAGCCUCGAACUCAAUCCACCUGACGCACGUUGGCGUUAGCUUUAACGGAUUCCCUUUUUUCCCCCCAAACUUGUUACCAUAUUUUCAUAACCACCGUUGGAGGUGUGAUCCAUGCGAGGGGGAGAUACUAUUAUUAUUCUAUCAGAUACAAGCAAAAAGAUAAUAUUUUAGUUUAGUUUGAUUUUGUUUUUCCACUAUCUUUUAUCGUACCACAUAUAUAUAUAUAUAUUUUUUUUCCUUCCAAAAAUUCACUGCAACCCCACGGACUUGCGUGGGGCGGCCUUCUUUACCUAGAGUAGUUAGCCUUACCGAACCCGUGCAACCCGUGCGAAAAGUGUUGCACAAACACUGUUGUUGAAAUUUGUUAGAAUUGUCAGUAUUUAAAGAAGAGAGCGAGAGAGAGAGAAAGAGGGAGACACGCGUGUGAAAAUCAAAACCCAGCCGAGCGAGCAGUAGCAAGGAGGUACAGAGGUUCGCCAGUAGGUACAACUGGCUGGCUGUUUGCAGGGUAAAAUACCAAACAACCGCGCACGAAACGGUGUAUUCAGUAUCGAUUAGAAUCUCAAUAAAAACAAAUUCUUUCCUCUAACAACACCAU